GCACAGCUUCACACUGCCGCCGGAGCCGGUUCCUAAGUGCAUCUGAGGACUCAACGGUCCGCAAUGUCCGAGCUGCCCGGAGAAAGCAGGAUCCCGGACCUGUGCCCUAUGAACGGCGUCGGCAACGUCCUGCAGGCGGGAGUGGGCGGAGGCAAUCGGGUCCCCGAAGCCCUGGAAGGCCCGCUGGCCAGAGCCGCCCGGACCAUGGCGCGGGCUCCGGGCCUGGCUCCCGGGCCGUUCCCCGGCAUGGCGGGCCUGAUGGCCAUACCGCACGUCCCCCCGCCGCUCCGCCUUCUAGAGCUGCACGAGCAGCGGAUGUUCGAACACUACCUGCACACCAACCCCCUGAUCCCCACCAGGCUGCUCCGCGAAAUCGAGGAGCGUCGCCGGCUGUUCGUGGAGGGCUGCAGGGCCAGGGAGGCGGCCUUCGACGCCGACCCCCCGCAGUUGGACUCGGAGGCCCGCGCCUUCACGCUGGCGCUCACGGCCUCCGACGCCCACGGCCCCACCGCAGACUGAGGGUUGGCCUUUGCCUAUAAUCUCAGUCCUCAGGAGGGAGGAAGCCUGAGGAUCCAGAGUUCAAGAUCAUCCUCCGCUAUGUAGCGAGUUGGAGGCCAGCCUGGGCUACAGGAGACUCUGUCUUUUAAAAAUAAUAAAACAAAAAAGAUUGGUGGCCAGGAAGUCAGGUGACUCUUAGGAUCAAGGGCAAAGGCAGAUGUCCAGGCAAAUGUCAUGAGGUGGGAAAUCCAAGCCAGAAUACAGCCAAGGGCUGGGUGGAAUGAAGCAGGCCCAGAAAGAGAUGGACACUCGAGGCUUGAGGCUGACAAGCAAAGAGGACUCUUCUGACUUCCACCUUGUGACUGUCAGCAAUCUUUCCCUCCCCUGCUUUCGUUGAAAAUCAUGUUUUUUUUUUCCACAGGGAAGGACGAUGGUUUUGCAAAGAUGAAGUCUUAAGAAUUACCAAUGAAAAGACGGAGAUGCGGAAAGAAACCAGGGAAAUGUGAUUGUUAGAUUCAGUUGCUUCUGGGUUUUAUUGGAGUAAGAAGAAGGCUGUUGAAACAACGUGGACAUUUCAGAAUUGUGGGGUCACCUCAUUGUCAGCUGACAAGCUCAAUGUAUCGUUAAUUCUUGUGUUUGGUGUUCUGUAGAUAAGUUGUAAAUAUUCAGAUAGGGAAAAUCUAUGUGCGUUGUGAGAUGAAUAUUUUUCAAGACCUUGUGUAAUUGUAUCCAUGUGGAAAAAGAUGAGUUAGUAUUUAAAGGAUACGGACACAAGACUCAAAAUUAGCAAAAGAUACUAAGGGAAGGUUAAACUUUUCUGCCAAAUUGAAAACAGGUGUCCAUACAGAUUUGGGUUAGGGUGGGAAGUUGUUUUCUGUAGGGUCUUCAAAACCAUUUUAUAAGGCGUAUAUGAAUUGGUACCAAUCCAGUUAUCCCCCAAUCCUGGGUGCUGAAGAUGGAUCCCAGGCCUUGCCCUGCUCCCAGUCCUCCUGAAUCAAGGUAAGAUAGGAUCAUGGCCCAGUGGUCAAAAAUGUCCGCUGCUCAGCCUUGUUACUGAGUUUGAUCCCGGGACCCACGAGGUGGAAGAAGAAACCACACCCAUGUCCUCCGAGCAGCACGCACACGUGCACACACUCAUGCAAUGUAAAGAAAUCUACAUAGUACAUAUAUCGGCAUCUUGGGUUCUUAUGUUACAAUGGAAGUGAUCCUCCAUCGUUUUGUCCUUAAUGACUACUAUCGGAGUCUGUAUCUUAACUUAUCUAAUGAACUAGUUGUCUUCUGGA